GGAGGAGCCUGAGAACAGGGAAGUGUCAGACUCCAUUUUCACUUGGAUGAGAAGAAGGAAGAAAAGUGAGCAGUGUUUUCCUCUCAGACUGAAGAUGAGGGCGUAAGAGGAGGAAGUGGAGGACAGAGCAGAGUCUCCAGUGUUCAGCUGUGUGUCUCUGAAGAGUGGCUGAUCCAAAGAUUUUCCUCCAAACUUCAGUAAUGAAUAUGGACCCUCACACACAGACAGAUCGCGGUCUGCAGGAGGUUUUAGAUGAACAUAAACUCAGUGUGAGGAGGAGAUGGGAACAUGUGACUGAAGGAACUGAUGAAACAGGAAGUAGCACCCUCCUCUUCACUGAGCUCUACAUCACAGAGGGACAGAGUGAAGAGGUUAAUACUCAACAUGAGGUGUGGCAGCUUGAGACGGCUUCCAAGAUGAAGAUCCUCCAGGACACUCCCAUCAGGUGCCACGACAUCUUUAAAGCCUCCACUGACCAGCAGAGCAGCAUCAGAGUCGUCCUGACCAACGGAGUCGCUGGCGUUGGAAAAACCUUCUCGGUGCAGAAGUUCACUCUGGACUGGGCAGAGGGUUUAGAAAACCAGGAUGUGGGUCUGCUUACUGUGCUUUCGUUCAGGGAGCUGAACCUGGUGAAGGACCAGCAGCACAGUCUUCUCACUCUGCUCCAUGUUUUCCAUCCAGCGUUACAGAAGCUCACGGCAGAGACGCUCGCUGUCUGUAAACCUUUGUUCAUCUUUGACGGCCUGGAUGAAAGCAGACCUUCUCUGGACUUCAACCACAGGGAGCUUGUGUCUGAGGUCACACAGAGGUCAUCAGUCAACGUGCUGCUGACAAACCUCAUCCGGGGGAAUCUGCUUCCCUCAGCUCUCAUCUGGAUAACCUCCAGACCUGCGGCGGCCAAUCAGAUCCCUCCUGCAUGUGUUGACAGGGUCACAGAAGUACGAGGCUUUACUGACGCCCAGAAGGAGGAGUACUUCAGGAGGAGAUUCAGUAAUAAAAAGCUCUGCAGCAGAAUCAUCUCACACAUCAAGACUUCCAGGAGCCUUCACAUCAUGUGUCAAAUCCCAGUCUUCUGCUGGAUCAGUGCUACCGUUCUGGAGCACAUGUUGACCACAGACCAGAGAGGAGAGCUGCCCAAGACCCUGACUGACCUGUACUCACACUUCCUGCUGGUUCAGACAAAGAGGAAGAACAACAAGUUUGGUGAGAGACAUAAGACGACUCCAAAGCAGCUGACGGAGGCUGACAGGGAUGUUCUCCUGAAGCUGGGGAGGCUGGCACUUCAACAUCUGGAGGAAGGAAACAUCAUUUUCUACCAAAAAGACCUGGAGCGGUGUGGUCUUAAUGUCAGAGAGGCCUUGGUGUACUCAGGAGUUUGUACUGAGAUCUUCAGAGGAGAGUAUGUGAUCGUCCAGAAAUCAGUCUACUGCUUUGUUCAUCUGAGCGUUCAGGAGUUUCUGGCUGCAGUCUUCAUGUUCCACUGUUACACCAAGAGGAACAGAGAAGAACUCAACAACUUCUUGGGAACAUAUGGAGACACAGAAUGUAACUUCUCCCUGGAUGAGCUCCUGAAGAGAACCAUGGAGAAAUCCCUCACCAGUACAAAUGGUCAUCUGGACCUGUUUGUUCGCUUCCUUCACGGCCUCAGUCUGGAGUCCAACCAGAGAGUCUUAGGAGGCCUGCUGGGUCAGACAGAGAACAAUCAAAAGAUCAUCCAGAGAGUCUUAGGAGGCCUGCUGGGUCGGACAAGGAACAAUCCAAAGAUCAUCCAGAGAGUCAUCAACAACCUGAAGGAGAUGAAGAGUGAUGACAUUUCUCCUGACAGAAGCAUCAACAUCUUCCACUGUCUGACUGAGAUGAACGACCACUCAGUUCAUCAGCAGAUGCAACAGUUCCUGAUGUCAAAGAACAGUUCGAAGGAGAAACUAUCUGAGAUCCACUGCUCAGCUCUGGCCUACAUGCUGCAGAUGUCAGAGGAGGUUCUGGAUGAGUUGGACCUGGAGAAGUUCAAAGCAUCAGACCAGGGUCGAUGGAGACUGAUCCCAGCUGUGAGGAACUGCAGGAAGGCUCUACUCAGAGAUUGUUACCUAUCAGACACUCAAUGUGAAGUCGUGGCCUCAGCUCUGAAGUCAUACCCAUCACAACUGAGAGAACUGGAUCUCAGUGACAACGAGCUGCUGGAUUCAGGAGUGAAGCUGCUGUGUUCUGGACUGGAGAGUCCAAACUGUCAACUGGAGACUCUGAGGUUGGAGAGCUGCUGUCUGUCAGAGAUCAGCUGUUCUUCUCUGCCUUCAGCUCUGAGGUCAAACCCCUCUUAUCUGAGAGAACUGGAUCUGAGCUACAACAGCCUGCAGGACUCAGCAGUGAAGGAGCUGUGUGGUUUUCUACAGAGUCCAACCUGUCGACUGGAGACUAUGGGGUUGAACGGCUGCAGACUGUCAGAGAUCAGUUGUUCUUCUCUGGCUUCAGUUCUGAGGUCAAACCCCUCUCAUCUGAGAGAACUGGAUCUGAGCGAUAACAACCUGCAGGACUCAGGAGUGAAGGAUCUGUGUGGUUUUCUACAGAGUCCAGCCUGUCAACUGGAGACUCUGAGGUUGGGGAACUGCAGACUGCCAGCUAUCAGCUUUUCUUCUCUGGCUUCAGCACUGAGGUCAAACCCCUCUCAUUUGAGAGAACUGGAUCUGAGUAGAAACAUCAACCUGCAGGACUCAGGAGUGAAGGAGCUGUGUGGUUUUCUACAGAGUCCAACCUGUCGUCUGGAGACUCUGUUGUUGAUUUACUGCAGACUGUCAGAGAUCAGCUGUUCUUCUCUGGCUUCAGCUCUGAGGUCAAACCCCUCUCAUCUGAGAAAACUGGAUCUGAGUGAAAACUACAACCUGCAGGACUCAGCAGUGAAGGAGCUGUGUGGUUUUCUACAGAGUCCAACCUGUCGACUGGAGACUCUGAGGUUUGAGCGCUGCAGUCUGUCACAGAUCAGCUGUUCUUCUCUGACUUCAGCUCUGAAGUCAAACCCCUCUCAUCUGACAGUACUGGAUCUGAGAGGAAACAACGUGCAGGACUCAGGAGUGAAGGAGCUGUGUGGUUUUCUAAAGAGUCCAACCUGUCAACUGGAGGGUCUGGGAUUGGAUCACUGCAGUCUGUCAGAGAUCAGCUGUUCUUCUCUGGCUUCAGCUCUGAGGUCAAACCCCUCUCAUCUGAGAGAACUGGAACUGAGAGGAAACAACCUGCAGGAUUCAGGAGUGAAGAAGCUGCUUGAUCUGAAGCAGACUUCAAGCUGUCGACUGGAGAUUCUUAGGUGGGAGGGAACUUUGUUUGAAGAGUGAAGAGGACAAUUUGUAUGGACGGACGCUGAGCUGUGUCCUGAGGAUCCAGAGGCUGAAGCAGCAGCAGCUUGUGUGUAGAGCGGCUCUGACUGGGCCUUGUUGCUGGGAGGCAGAGUGGAGACAGAGCUCCAGAGGAAUCAGAGGAGGUGAGCUGCUCUGAGAUCAGCUGUCACACAGUGUCCAGUCCACCAUCCUCCCUUUGUGUUCCUGUGGAUGUGACACAGCAUCAUCAGUGGAUCUGCUGCUGCUUUGUCCUUUGACUCAGUGUCUACAGACACACUCACGCUCCUCCACCUCCUCCACUCUUUUAUUCACUCACAUAUUCUGAACAGAAACACACUACACUAAGACAUAACUGCAGAUCAACACUUUUCUAAAUCUGUAUUGAGUGAAUUUGCAGAAUCUUUUUCGAUCUCUUCCCUCCAUUCACGAUCUUUACCACUUGUCCUCUUGAGUGCAGCAGGGGGAGCUGAAGCCGAUCCCAGCUGACAUUGGGUGGGAGGUGUGGUGCGCCUCGGACAGGUCACCAGUCCGUCACAGGGCCGACAAACAACCAUUCACACUCAUAUUAACACCUACACUCGAUGUAAAGUCUCCAAUUUACCCAACCCCUAAUCAAAUUUUUUCAAAUCAAAGUUUAUUGUCUCAUGCACCAAUGACAGCGUCCUCAGAGCAGUUCAAUUCUUAUGACAUGGCAGGCAACAUCUACGCAGACUUUACAAAAUAGAAAAAAUAACAUACUUAUGAAACAUAUCAUAUAACAUAUCAUCGUAACAUAUAACAUAACAUCGUAACAUAUAACAUAGUCAAGUGAAGUUUACAGGGUGAAGGAGUGGGGAAUAUUAAAUUAAGUAAUAUGAAUAUAUGUAUAACAUAGUCAAAUCAAAGUUAAAUGAAGCAGCAGUUUACAGGGUGAAGAAGUGGGGAAUAUUAAAUAAGAUGAGUAUAUAUGAAGUAAGUGUAUUUGUAUGAUUCAGGGAGCAGAUUGUACAUGGUGAAUUUUCAGAGGGUAGAAAAAAAACAUACUAUGUAACAUAACAUAUAACAUCACAUCAUAACAUAUAACAAGUCAACUGAAGCAGUAGUUCACAGGGUGAAGGAGUGGGGAAUAUUAAUUUAAAUAAUAUGAAUAUGAAUAUAUGUAUACAUAUAACAUAGUCAAGUCAAAGUCAAAUGAAGCAGCACUUUACAGGGUGAAGGAGUGAGUAAUAUUAAAUUAAAUAAUAUGAAUAUAUGUAUAACAUAGGCAGAUCAAAGUCAAAAUGAAGCAGCAGUUUACAGGGUGUAGAAGUGGGGAAUAUUAAAUAAAAUGAAUAUGAAUAUAUGUGGAGUAAGUGUAUUUGUAUGAGUGUGGGAGCAGAAUGUACAUGGUGACUGUUCAGGGGGUCAGUGUUGAUUGUUCAGAAGCCUUACUGCCUGGGGGAAGAAGCUGUUUGUGAGUCUGGUAGUCCGUAUCGUCUGUGGAUCUGUUAGGGCGGUAUGCAAAUUGGAAGGGGUCAAGGGUUUUGGGAAGGGUUGAACAGAUGUGGGUUUUGACCAGCCGCUCGAAGCACUUCAUGAUGGUGGAGGUCAGUGCUACAUGGCGGUAGUCGUUUAAGCAGGUGAUGGAUGUUUUCUUGGGUAUGGGGAUGAUGGUGGCCUGCUUGAAGCAGGUGGGGAUCUGCAUGUGUUUGCGAGAUGAAGCCGCAGCACCUGGAGGAAACACGUGGAGAACAAUCAGACUCACACAGGAAGAUCCCAUCUGAACCGGGAUUCAAACCAGGAACCUUCGGGCUGUGAGGCGACAGUGCCAACCACCGCGCAGCCCCAAAGUCUUGCCCUUCGUUUCCAAUUGUGUUUAUUCACAUGAAGAAUGUGUUUAAUGAAAUGACACAACACCAACAUAAUAUAUAAACCCUCUGUAAAGAGUCACAUAUAGUGUAUUUAACUUUAAACUUUACUUAAAAAUGGGGCGUUUUCAUUUCUGCAUCAGGUGCAAAGCAGUGGUUGCUUUUCUACUUUUGACCCAGUCAAAGUCUUUAUAUUCAGUCUAUGAGUCAAACACAUGGAUCAUUUCCUCUGUGACAAACCAGAUGUAACGAGAAGAAAAACAUCUCAGAGAGAAAAGUUCUGUUGUUUCUACUUGUCUCUGCUUUAAUAUGGCGACGCCUGCGAGCUAGUUCUGGCAGGCAACUCGAGCUGCGCUGCGCCAAUCACGUGACAUACAUCAUGUGACAUACAUCAUGUGAUAUACCUCAAUCUCCACAACCAUCUAUAAUACACACCCACCUUAUCAGGUGGUCUAUUUAACCAGAGAGACAUUUCCCAUCAACCCCUCUUGCUCGCACUGCUGCUGCAGUAUGGCUACCUGUUGCUACAGCGUCUCAGCGUUGACCAAGUGACCGUUGUUCCUCCGUGGGUCGUUGUCUCUCUCAAUCCGAGUGAUUCCUCCUCCGAAAAAGUUCGCUUUAUUUCUGAAAUUUCGGCUCAGUCCUUCAAGAUUCACUACGUGUGAAUCGGACGUCAAGCGUCUGCGCCACGACUCCCGCGGGCCUCUCAGCGCGCACCACAUCCUGGAGGAGCUGCGCACCCGAAGCGUUUAAUUCAUCCGGUCUGAGCCACGAGUUAGUUUCAACUACUUCUUGACUGAAGGCGGCUCCGCGAGGCCGAACAAACGCUGGUGGCAGCGUCACUGACGGCAGCUUCGCUGACGGAUUCUUCCCGGGACAUCUCUGCUCGACCAACUUCUCCCUCACCGCGGGAUGUUGUCCCUCGGAGGCAGAGGAAGCGCGCCUGGAUCCGCUGGGGCUUUCAUCCUGUCUCCUCUGCUGAAUGAAGUCUGCACUGAACGUUAUGAAUGAAACAAUUCAGUCUCGAAUCACACGCCAUCUUCCCUGCACGUGAUGUAAACAAAGCUACGGUACCGGCUCGUGCUAUAGUACUUCCUGGUACGUCACUCCAGCAGGAUUGUGGGAGUUGUAGUCCAAUCUCCAGCCAUGGGUUUGAAGCUCCUGUCUCCUGACAACAGUACCUUUCCCAAAGGAAUCAAAUGCUAGCAGGUAAUAUGUUUUGUUAUUCCGGAAACUUUCAAUUAUAUAAUAUAAUAUAUAUGUGGGUGGAGUGGUCUUCCUCCAACCAAGGGUUGGGGUUCAAUCUUGUGCAGGGUGCUGGGCCCUCAGGUGGGCCCUCAUAGAUGUUGAAUGCAAUAAUUGUAAAUAACUUGUAUAUAUGACUUUCUUAUGACUUCUGGCAUGCGAUGAUUUCGCAACGGACGUGCCAUGUGCUAUAUUUAUCGCAUUGCACAUGCCCGAGUUUCAGGGAUAGGAAGGGAGCGAGAUGGCUCACUCCUCAGCUACUUCCAUCAGCACCUCCGGUUAAACAAAGUUUAUUACAGCUGCGCGAAUAACACGCACAUGAGGUAACUAACGAAUGAUCGAAUAUUAAAUUCGCGGGCAACUAUUUUGUCUUCGGAUUGUCAACUACAAUCUGGUGCACUUUGAGGAAGUGCACCAGAAAAUUCUGGACAUCCUUCAUUGGAUGUGAGAGAGUGGUGGUUUACUGUUGUGUCAAGACACCACAACACUUCUGUGCGCAGCGUGUCGUAAGGCCUGCAUGAUUAUGACCAAAAUCAUAAUUACGAUUAUUUAGAUCAAUAUUAAUAUCAUGAUUAUUUAUACAUUUUAGGAACAAUAUAUUUUUAUAGCAUUUUCAUGUUUAAAGGCACAAGAACACUGCUUCACUUCCAUGUUGUGCUACAUUCCAGCUAAUGUACACAUCUUUCAUUAGGUCCUGGGCAAUCGACUCUCCUGUCGGUUCUUAUGGGAAAAAAUGACGUCUGUAAGCAUCGACUCUUCAUUGCAAAUUACAAUCAAUGCAGUGAAUUGUCAGGGACAUGUACGGCUCCAUUGUUGUGCUUGAUCAUUGCUCACAGUAUUUAUUGGACACAUGUCUUUGGCCAAAUGAAAUGCGAUCGCAUCAGUUAUUCCAGUGUGUCUUCGGGAAGGGGAUGGAUACGCUGUCGCACCAUGCAUGGUCGUUUAUGGUUUUCUCUGUUGACGUUGGACAUGGACGGAGAUUCAGGGAGGUAAUGUUAGUUUUGGCCUUGAUGCACUUGUUGUACUAUGGUUUGUGGGUCGUUUUUUCAGGUGGUUAAACAAGGUAGUUGUAUUGCUAUGCGGCGCAAACACAACUCUAAACGCACUCUGGCAUGAUUUGUUCUUGGUUAUCAUCACUUGCCCUAAAUUCCAAAACUACCAUACAACGGUUGAUGAUCCUUUUCGAAGGACUAGCUCCUCGCCUUCUGCUCCUGAUAAUUGAUUUACCUUUCACACGACACCGUGAUUGGCUACUCUCUGUCUCUACUCU